UGUUAUGGUCAUGGCCUGGCUUGCACCCAACAGCCGGACCUACCAAAUUCCGUACUGGGACCCGAACACUCAGGACAAUUGCCGGUGCACCUCUCCACAUGGUAUUAUUGGGUCACAUACACACCUCCCCUUUCAUUUUAUAAAAUCCCCUCUCCCCAUCGCUCCUCAGUCUCAUUCCUCUCCUCAUAUUUGCCAUUUGAGCCGACACUUCACUAAAAUAACCAUCCUUCAUUAACAUCAUCUCUUUUUCUUCAUACAUAUGAGAGAAGGAGCAACAGCAUCAGAAAGAAGUAGUGGUUCAUCGUCGAGGAAGAGUAGUAGUAGUGUAUGUGAUGGAGAAUCAGGUUGUUUCGCCACCCCAUGUGGAUGCAUCUCGACCGUCCCUCGGCUUCCCUCUUGGCACUGCCCUCCUCUUAAUCAUCAUUUUCAGCUUGAGUGGUAUCUUCUCCUGCUGCUACCACUGGGACAAGCUCAGAUCACUCCGCCGAUCUCCCGCCGACCGCACCGAUCCCCAUCCCGAUAUCGAAGCUUCUCCCUCCAAACCCAUGCCUGAUUUCUUGGAUUUAAAGAAAAACCAAAGCCAAAGCCUACCUGUAUUAAUGCCAGGAGAUGAGAUCCCAAAAUUCAUAGCAUUACCAUGUCCGUGUCAGCCUCCACGGCAAGACAAGGUUGAAGUGAAAAUUGAAAAGCCACCCAAGCCAGCGCGUUGCCCAGUACCUUUUGGAUUGGCUAUUUGACCACUUGUUGUACAUAAUUUGGAGAAAUUAGAUUAAUUUUCCCUUUUCUCCAUGAGUUUUUACCAGUAAAAGAAAAAAAAAGACGUGAGUUUGUGUGUACAAUUUCAUGCCAUCAUUCCCCCAAGGAAGAAGAUUCCAAUUGUUUUUGUCAGUUGGAAAAUGAGAUGGCUUAAUGAAAUCGGUAUCCAUAAAAGCGUAGAUCCAGAUCUCACUGUUUAAGUUUAUAGAUUAUGUACGUCAUUCAUUUAUAUGACACACCCUACCUUAUUCCCCAAUGUCAUGUAAUCUUUCCUUCAUCAUUCUUAAAUUUGCAGUUUGUUUUGUAAGAGCAAA